AUGAGGGGCCUCGUUGCUCUCUCGCUGGCAUACGCUGCCGCCGCAGCACCCUCCUUCAGCUAUGAGACCAUCCAUGAUGGCGCUGCACCCAUACUCUCUUCGUCCAUCUCCGAAGAGAUUCCCAACUCAUACAUCAUCAAGUUCAAGGACCACGUGUCCGAAUCUUCCGCGAGCGACCACCACUCAUGGGUCCAGAAGAUCCAUGGUGCCCGCGAGAACGAGCUCACGGAGCUCCGGAAGCGUGGCCAGAUCCCACUGUUUGGUGAUGUUACCGACGCCUUCAAGGGCCUCCAGCACACCUUGAAGAUCGGCGACGGCUUCCUCGGUUACUCCGGUCACUUUGAUGACUCCGUCAUCGAGGAAGUCCGAAGACAUCCUGAUGUUGAGUUCAUCGAGCGAGACCAGGUCGUUCACACCCUUAAGGAAGACGAGCCACAGAUUGAGAAGAACGCUACCUGGGGAUUGGCCCGAAUCUCUCACCGGGACCAGCUUUCUUUUGGUACAUACAACAAAUAUCUCUACACCGCCGAAGGUGGUGAGGGUGUUGACGCCUAUGUUAUCGACACUGGCACCAACAUCGAGCACGUUGACUUCGAGGGCCGCGCCUCUUGGGGCAAGACCAUCCCUAACGGCGAUGAGGACCUCGAUGGCAACGGCCACGGCACACACUGCUCUGGCACCGUUGCUGGCAAGCAGUACGGUGUCGCCAAGAAGGCCACAGUCCACGCGGUCAAGGUUCUCAGAUCCAACGGCUCUGGCACCAUGUCCGACGUCAUGAAGGGCGUUGAGUGGGCUGCCGAGGCGCACAUGGAGCAGGUUAAGAAGGCCAAGAAGGGCUCGCGAAAGGGUUUCAAGGGUUCCACUGCCAACAUGUCCCUCGGUGGUGGCAAGUCCCCUGCGCUCGACCAAGCCGUCAACGCCGCCGUCGACGCUGGGCUGCACUUCGCUGUGGCCGCUGGCAACGAUGACGCUGAUGCCUGCAAGUACUCGCCGGCUGCUGCCGAGAAGGCCAUGACCGUCGGUGCCUCUGCCCUCGAUGACAGCCGUGCCUACUUCUCCAACUGGGGCAAGUGCACCGACAUCUUCGCCCCGGGUCUCGGAAUCAAGUCUACCUGGAUCGGCAGCAAGACCGCCAUCAACACCAUCUCCGGUACCUCGAUGGCUUCUCCCCACAUUUGCGGUCUCAUGUCCUACUACUUGUCUCUCCAGCCCAGCAAGGAGUCUGAGUACGGCAUGGCUGCCAUUACCCCUGCGAAGCUGAAGUCCAACAUGAUUUCUGUCGCUACCAAGGGUGCAUUGUCCGACAUCCCCUCGGACACGCCUAACAAGCUCGCUUGGAACGGUGGUGGUUAUUCUAACUACUCCAAGAUUGUUGAGCAGGGCGGCUACGUUGCCAAGAAGAGCGCCGCGCUUUCGUUGACGCUUGAGGACGUUGAGAAGGCCAUCGAGAACGACUUGAACGUCGUCUCGGGAACUGUCGUUAAGGGUGUCUCCUCUCUCUCUGACAAGGCUGAGAAGCUGUCCGAGAAGAUCCACGAGGUUGUCGAUGAGGAGCUUAGGGGGUUCUUUGAGGAACUUCGAGCUUAG